AUGAUUAAGUUUGCUUCAUGGAAUAUUAGGGGUCUAAAUGCCCUAAUAAAGCAAAGAGAGGUACGUGAUUUUAUCCGUGUAAAAAGUCUUUCGUUAUGUUGCAUUAUUGAAUCUAAAGUUUUACCGAGUAAUUUGGGAGAUGUGAGUGGUCGUGUUUUUGGAAGUUGGAAUUGGGUCUCAAAUGGUCUCUCUUGUACUCAAGGUACACGCCUUAUUAUUGCUUGGGACCCGUCUGUUUUGUCCUUGAUUGUGAUUGCACAGCAUUUGCAAUAUGUUAAUUGUGAAAUCCGUAUUGUUGGGGUGGAAAGGAGGGAUCUUUGGAGAGCUCUUAGGAAAUUUAAAGCUUUUAUCGAUAAUAAAGCAUGGAUAGCAAUGGGAGACUUUAAUACGAUGCUUUUCCCUCAUGAUGGGUUGGGGUGCCAAUACAUUUGGAUUCAGAAACCGUCAGGAGAUGGGGGUAUUCUUCGCAAAUUAGAUCGGAUUUUGGGGAACUUGGAGUUUAUUGAUAAAUUUGGGGAUGCAUCGGAUUUCUUUGAACCAAGAGGGAUCUCUGACCAUUCGCCGGGUAUUUUAACUUUCAAAGGUGGGAAAAGGAUUAGAAAUUGUGGGUUCAAGUUUGAUAAUUUCUUGACUUCUCAUAAGGAUUUUCUCAGUUCGGUUGAGGGAGUGUGGAUAAAACAGAAGAGAGGCUCCUAUAUGAAGAAAAUUCUACUUAAAAUGCAAGAGAUGAAAGGGGUUUGCCGUAGACUAAGGAAUUCUUAUGGUUGCUUGGAUAAGAAGGUGACAUUGUUAAAGUCGGAGCUUGAUGUUGCUCAAUUGGCUUGUGACCUAGAUCCUUUUAAUGAUUUGCUAAAAGAGGAUGUCGCUCAUCUCUUGUUAGCAUAUCAACAAGCUAGGAAUGAUCAGUUGGAAAUGGUUAAACAAAAGGCGAAGAUUUCUUGGUUGAAUGAGGGGGAUGGCAAUUCUAAGUUCUUUUUUCAUUCCAUGAAAGAGAAGCGCAACAGGAAUCACAUUGCCGCCAUUAAGGACUCUCGUGGUAUGGUUUUUGAACAUGAUGAAGUUCCCAAAGCUUUUAUUACUCAUUUUUCAGGUAUUUUGGGUACUUUUGAUGCGAUGGUUAAUCCUUCUAUGGAGGAUUGUGUUUUUUAUCGUUCUUUCUUUAACGGAAUCUCUGCAAUUAAUUCGACCCAUUACUGA